AUUUAGGUUGGUGAUGUAGACGGGUUUUAAUUGACGGAAUGGAUAAAUUCGUGCAAUCUGCUAAAACAUCCCGUGAAGAUACCUCGAUAAAUAUUGAUUCUUGUAGCGAAUCCGAUUCUGAAAGAAAACGUUUUAAAAGAAAGAGAGUGGGCUCAUCCAACGUGUGGAAAUUUUUUUGAGCCAUCAAAAGACAAGAAACUGGCGAAAUGUCUCCACUGUGGCCGAGAGUACAAAACUAGUGGUAAUACUACCAACCUGUCGGAUCAUUUGAAUCGCGCUCAUCCUACCCUCAAUAAUUGUGUAAAGCCGAUUAAUACCAUAUGAGCACAUUUUAGUAAGUCUGAAAAUUACGACCAAAUUUCGACGCGUAAAAAAGAACUUGAUGUAUCAUUAAUGAAAAUGGUCACAUUAGAUGUGCAGCCCUUUCGAAUUGUCGAAGAUGUAGGUUUCCGAAAUUUUGUUAAAUGUUUAGAUCCCCGAUACGUGUUGCCUAGUUGAACAACUCUACAAAAUGUGUUGUUAAAGAACAUGUACAGUGAUGCUAAAAUCAAAUUAUAAGAAAUUUUAAAUACGGUGGAACAUUGCGCAAUAACGACCGAUUGUUGGACGUCGCGGGCAAAUGUUGGUUACUUAACCGUCACAUGCCACUUUGUUACGGAAAAAAUGAUAUUACAGACAGCAGUAUUAUCGACCACAACUUUAUUAACAACCACAAAUCAUUCCGCUGACAAUAUCGCGAAUUCGUUACGCAAUGUUUUAUCGGAGUGGGGCGUUCUGGAAAAAGUAACUUCAAUUGUGACGGAUAAUGCGGCAAGCAUGAUUAAAGCUUGCGAGCUACUUCAAAAACGAAACCUACCGUGUUUUGCGCAUUCUUUAACCUUAAUUAUUCAAGAUGCUUUAUCACAAGAAAACACAAAACCCGUGAUAAUGAAGUGUAAGCGUAUCGUUGGUUAUUUUAAAAGCAGCACAAUUGCUUAUGAAAAGUUUAAAGAGGCGCAGAAUGAUAAACAAUACAGUUUGCUCCAAGAAACUCCUACGCGAUGGAAUAGUGCGUACCUAAUGAUUAAAAGAAUAAUAGAGACAAAAGGUUCUAUUUCUAAUGUUCUACUUGCAACUCCAAAAGCUCCACAGACUCUUACUGCAGACGAAAUAGAAACUUUGAAAGAUUUGGUGGAAUUAUUUGGUCCAUUUCAUGAAGCUACUGUACAAGCAUCAGCGAGUGAUUCUGUUACAAUAUCAUUAAUAAUACCGCUUACGUGUGACCUUUACCAUAAAUUAAAUGAUUUGCAAACUAAUAUGAAAACGACAGAAGGUUACAAUACAUGCACUUAUGUAAUUCGACGACUGAGAGUUAUAUUACUUCACUACGAAAACCGAACAGUUACAAAAAUUGGCACCAUUUUAGAUGCAAGUUUCAAGAAAGAAGGCUUCUUAUCAAGUAACAUGGCAGAUAGUGCAGUCAAAGCAUUAGAAGAUGAAAUAGCAAGUUUAGGCAGGGCCGAAUCAUCUUCACAUUAUUAUGAAGAACCGUCAACAUCACCUAAUGUACAACUUCAACCUGAACAAUCGCUUUUUAAAUUUAUAAACAACAAGGUUGCGGAAAGAAAAAAAUCCAAAAGGGUAGAUGCAGUCAUAACUCUUCGGCAAUACCUUAAUAAGCCGAACGCGCUUCAUGACAUUGAUCCUUUAACCUAUUUAAAGAUACUACAUUUUAUUCAAUUUAAUCUUUUGUUUUUAAUAAUUCUUUUGUUUAUACAGCAACGCAAGUGA